ACAUCUAUUUUAUCAUGGACGAACGACUUACAAUUGUAUUUUUGUUAAAUAUACUGAAUCCAAUUCUGUGCAAAGUGUGUGAAGACAGUUUGCCAACAAUACUGCAGAACUGUUUGAGUAAAUGUCAGAAAAACGUCAACAAAUCACUCGUUUACCAAAGAGAGGAUUCCAUAUAUUACUACUGCCAAAACCAAUAUCUGGUUCAAACUGUGAACGAAACAUGGAACCAAAGAAAUGUUCACAAAAUAAAGCCAGAAAGUUUAAACAUACUCACCGACAUCUUCAAAAAGUUUCAAAUCGAGGAUCCAGUCUCUCUCAGAAUCAAGAGAUCAACACCCAUCAUCAGAAAAGAAUAUCGACAAUUAACCACUCAGGAAAGAGACCGAUUUCACAGAGCAUUACAGGCAAUGAAAUCCGACACUAGUGACAUGCACAGGCAGCCUAACGUAUAUGAUUGGUUUGUUAAUCUACAUCCGGCAGACGUUGCACCUAGUGCUCAUUUUGGUCCAGGAUUUCUUGGAUUUCAUCGUGUCUACCUUUUCUUAUUUGAGCAACUUUUGCGAAGAUAUGAGCCAGAUGUAUUCAUUCCAUUUUGGGAUUCGUCAUUCGACACUCUUUUGGAAGAGCCGACGUCCAGUGCAAUGUUUUCCGUUAGUGGCAUGGGUCCUGGUUCAGGUGUUGUACGAGAGGGUCCCUUCAGCGACUGGACGCAUGAAAACACUGGAGUGUUGGUGAGAAAUGUUGGUUUAGAAGGUGGGUUAUUCAGCAGAGAAUUUAUUGAACUCUUUCUACGUCAGAACAGGAUUGAGGAUAUUGGACUGAAUAGAAAUGAAUUAGAUACAAAUUUGGAGUUUCAUCAUGGUUCCGUUCACAAUUGGGUUGGAGGUACUCUUAGAGAUUUUCAUUAUUCCCCUGCUGAUCCACUUUUCUUCAUGCAUCAUUGUUUUGUUGACGCUUUAUGGGAAAGGUUUCGUGGUAAUCAAGUCCAGCGCGGCUUUGAUCCUGAACAGGACGCACCAAUGAGGCCAUUUGAAUCUGGAAAAGAUGCCAAUGGUGAAAGUAAGUAUAUUCUAAACAGGAUCGGAUUUUCCAAAAUGUGGUCUUCAUAUGCGAAGUAUGAGAACCCACCGUAUGACUGUAGAGUAGAUUCUGACUGUGGGUCAGAACAGAUGAGGUGUGAGAGGAGAUUGUGCCAACCUCUGACUAUAGAAGAAUUUGAAAGAAUAGGUUUACAUCGAAGAUCAAAACGAGAAAUAUCAAAAACAUAUAGCAAUCCUUGGGUGCUACCUACAUCAAUGAAAGCAAGUCGUCAACAUCACACGCAAAGCAAUACACCACUUUUUCAUGGGUCAAAUGCAAGAACGACACCAUUUUACCAUUCCUGUCAAAAUUCGUUUAUGAUCGAUGGUGAAGCUGAUAUAAGUAAGUGGGUUUUUAUACCAGUAGCUGUUUACAAAAAAAGACCAAAGGACCAGACCUGUGAUGCUUUUCCAAUUAGACAUGGAUCUCCAGACUACACUGGGGAUGUUUUCGAUCAAAGUUCCAGUACCAAAUACCAAACGUCUAACAAAGAACCUAGAAGUGAUGGAAGAGACAAAUGCUCACACUUGGGGUCUGGAAUAACUAAAGUGUAUGUGAAGACAUUUGGGCUAGACUAUCGUGGGUCUUACACUGACCAUGCGCUUCUCGAUGAACGACUUCAAUUUUCGUCUGGCCUAAGUGCAGUAGGUGUGAAAAAGCCCUUGAAUAAUAGAGGAAGUCACGUGUUUAUUACUGCGCAUGACUCCUGUGGGAAUAUGUGCACAGCGUUUUGCCUGAAUACCCAGUCCUCUCCUUAUGAAUACCAAGCAUGUUCUGGUGCUGUCCGAAUAAGUCCUGUCAAGCCGUUAAUGUACAGGAGUACAGUUAAAGAGGCUUUGCUGAGUGCCUACAAUUACUCAAGUAUUAGUCCAACAAUCUCAAAGGAGAACAUUCCCAUUGUAUUCCACUGCGACUAGACAAUCACUAGACAUUUUUCAUAUCAU